AUGACAACAGCAGCAAUCGAAGUAACCUCUUCUGAUGAAGAGAAUUUAAAUGAUACAACAGCAAAUACAAGCGUUAGCAGUCUUGAAGAGUUAAUCAAAAGCCAACAGAAGGACGGUCAACAAAGUAACGAAGAACAAGAAGAAUUCAACCAACUUUCUAAAUCGGAUAAAUUCAAUAGGUUGAAUAUUUUGAUUGAAAAAUCACAAGUAUAUUCACAAAUUAUUGCCGACAAUAUCCUUCAGUCUAGUUUGAAUCAGAAAGAAGAAACUCAAAAAGAAACUAAGCUGUCACCAUCAAAGAAGAAAAGAAAAACUAAUGAUUUUACAAAAAAGUCUAGAAUCAGUAAUGAUACGGCAACAGCAAGGGCAGCGCUUGAAAAAGCACAAACGACUCAUUCAAUAUCUCAACCUGCUUUAGUUUCUGGUGGUCAGUUAAAAGAUUAUCAGUUAGAUGGUUUAGAGUGGUUAGUUACUUUAUAUCAAAACGGUUUAAAUGGUAUACUAGCUGAUGAAAUGGGUUUAGGUAAAACAUUACAAUGCAUUUCUUUUCUUGCUUAUCUAAUUGGGAACGGAUUGAAUGGUCCAUUUUUGAUAGUUGUACCAUUACUGACAUUAUCCAACUGGUAUAAUGAAAUAAAAAGAUUUACGCCUGAUGUGAAUGUACUCAUGUAUACAGGUAUAAAACAAGAUAGAGCCAAUAUAGACUUAAACCAGUACAAAAAUUAUAUAAUUUUGACUUCAUAUGAGAUUUCAAUUAAGGAUUACAAUAAGUUUGCUAAUAUCUCAUGGGAAUAUUUAAUUGUCGAUGAAGGUCAUAGAUUGAAAAAUAGUCAAUGUUUAUUGAUUAGGUUUUUGAAAAAAUUAGAGGUUAAAAAUAGAUUGUUGUUAACUGGUACUCCGUUACAAAACAAUUUAAAUGAAUUAUGGUCAUUACUUAAUUUUAUUUUACCUGAUAUCUUCCACGAUUUAGAAUUAUUUCAGCAAUGGUUUAACUUCGAUCAAUUAACCAACUAUGAGCAAGACGAAGAGGAUGAAAAAACCAAGAAAUUAAUUAAGUUGAAUAUUCAAGAGACAUUGAUCAAAAAUUUACAUACUAUAUUGAAACCAUUUAUUUUGAGAAGAUUAAAACGUGAUGUUGUUAAAGAUUUACCACCUAAGAAAGAGUACUUGAUCCACAUACCAUUAAGUGAAUUGCAAAAGAAGAUAUAUCGUGAUGCAUUGAACCACAAUUUGCAAAAAGGGUUAAUAGAGUCAAAUUUGAAGGAAUUUCUUGAAUAUAAUCAUAAAAAGUUGUUUGAAAAUUAUGAUGUUGACAACUUCUUAAAGAGUGUGAAUGAAUUUAAACCUAAAAAAAGAGGAAGAGUCGAUUAUUCUGAAGCUCUUUCGGAUGAUGAAUUUGACGAUUCAGCAGCUUCCAUUCUUUACGGUGAUCAUAAUCAAAAACCUAAAAUUAGUUAUGAAGAUGCAUUAAAGCAAGCAAAAAAAAUAUCAAAUGUUAAGGAAAAGCAAGAGUUUUUAAUCAAUCAUAUUUAUAGACAAAUUAUUAAUCAUGUCAACCACUUGAAAUUACAAUCUUUGAAGCUAGUUCAAUUAAGAAACAUUUGUAAUUCACCAUAUUUAUAUUAUGAGCCUUUCCCUAUUGAUGGAUCCAAAGAUAAUGAGUUUAUUGAGAAGUUAGUUCAAAAUUCGUGUAAGAUUAAAGCUUUAAGUCAAAUUUUACCUAAGUUGUUGAAGAAUGGUAAUAAAUGUCUUAUAUUUUGUCAAUUCACAAGGGUUAUGGAUUUGGUUCAAGAUUGGUUAAUUUCGGAAAAUAUAAAAACUUGUAGAUUGGAUGGUUCUACAUCUCAAAUGGAAAGACAAGAUCAAAUUAAUGAGUUCAAUAAGAAAAAUUCAUCCUUCAAAGUUUUCCUUUUAUCAACUAGAGCUGGUGGAUUAGGUAUAAAUUUAACUGCUGCAGAUACUGUUAUCUUAUUUGAUAGUGAUUGGAAUCCUCAGAUGGAUUUACAAGCAAUUGAUAGAGUUCAUAGAAUUGGUCAAACAAAACCAGUUAAGAUUUAUAGAUUUGUUGUUAGGAAUUCGAUUGAAGAAAUCUUAUUAACUAAAUCAAGUUCUAAAAGAUUUUUGGAAAAAUUAGUUAUACAAAUGGGAGGAUUUCAAUUUGAUAAAUUAAAGAAAGCUUUCAAAAAUGGUGAAGAAAAAGAUGAUGAUAAUGAUGAGGAUAUGAGUGUUAGUGAAUUAAUAGAAUUGAGUAAACAUAAUUUUUUACAAAAUAAUAAUAAAGAAAAGAAUGAUCAAGAUCAUGAGAAAACUAAUGACACACUUUUAACUCCUUUGGAAUACAAGGAAUUGUUUGAUAGAUCAGAUGAAUGUUAUAGGAAAAUUGCUGAUGAAAAAUUUGAUAAUAUUACUGUGUUUGAAACUACAAACAAUUCAGAAAGCUAG